CCACGUGCGCUGCUGAUCACAACCUCCCAUUUCCUCCAAACCUUGGGGUUGCCUGUUCGGUUCGGCGGGAAAGUUUAUCCCGCUGAUUUCGUCCCAGCGCUUGGAUCACUCUUUGUCGCCGCUGCUUCACCGUCGAUUUUCCGUCUGUUGUAUCCGCUUGAAUCGCCUGUGAGCGUUGAUCCUCCCUGGAUCAGUGGAAACUGCAGCCCUGGCACAGGCAUUCGCGGAUCAGGUGAUCUAGGAAAAGCCUUACCUAGAGAGUCUCCGGGAAUUCCCCAUUCAGCUUUUCUGAUCAGCCAGCAGAUAGCAGGAGAGCAUCUGAACCCGGAUCCACUAUCCAGAAGCCGUUUCAUGCUUCUGGCCCGAUCCGUUUUCAGAAGAUCUUCCGCUGCUUCCUCCUUGCCUAAGAAUCUCAGGAGCUCCCGUCUUUGUUCGGCGUUCAAGAUGGCUCAGGAGGGCGUUCUUCUCGGCAUGGGCAACCCGCUGCUGGACAUCUCAGCGGUGGUGGACGAGGCGUUCCUGAACAAGUACGACGUGAAGCUCAACAACGCCAUCCUGGCCGAGGAGAAGCACGUUCCCAUGUACCAGGAGCUGAAGGACAAGUACCCAGUGGAGUACAUAGCCGGUGGUGCAACUCAGAACUCGAUCCGCGUGGCUCAGUGGAUGCUCCAAACGCCCAAGGCAGUCUCGUACAUGGGCUGCAUCGGCAAGGACGAGUUCGGAAAGGAGAUGACCAAAAACUGCACGUCUGUUGGUGUCAACGUCCAUUACAGGGAGGACGACACCACACCAACUGGCACCUGCGCAGUGCUGAUCGUUGGCGGCGAACGGUCUUUGAUCGCCAAUCUCGCAGCCGCGAAUUGCUACAAGAUCGACCAUUUGCAGGCUGCAGAGAACUGGGCUCUCGUGGAGAAGGCGCAGUUCUACUACAUUGCGGGAUUCUUCCUCACAGUGAGCCCCGAGAGCAUCAUGGCAGUGGCCAAGCACGCGGCAGAGAAGAACAAGGUGUUCACCAUGAACCUAGCUGCGCCCUUCAUCGCCCAGUUCUUCACUCAGCCUCUCAUGGACGCCCUCCCCUAUGUGGACUACCUGUUUGGCAACGAGACAGAGGCUCAGACCUUCGCCAAGGUUCAAGGGUGGGAGACGGAGAACGUGCAGGAGAUCGCCCUGAAGAUCGCGGCUCUGCCUAAAGUGAACGAGGCGAGAAAGAGGGUGGUGGUGAUUACCCAGGGCAAGGACGACACCGUCAUUGCUGUGGAUGGGAAGGUGACUACCCACCCGGUCAUUCUAGUGAAGAAAGAAGAUCUUGUGGACACCAACGGAGCAGGCGAUUCCUUUGUAGGCGGCUUCCUGUCGCAGCUGGUGCAGGGGAAGGAGACUGAGGAGUGCGUCCGGGCCGGUAAUUACGCGGCCAAUGUCAUCAUCCAACGGUCAGGGUGUACCUUCCCGGAGAAGCCUGAGUUCAAGUAACUUCUGGGAGGAUGUGAUUAAGAAUCGCAUGUGAGAUUAUACACGACCUCACUCACACCCAUUCUUGGAAGUAAAAUCAAUUUACUGGUAUUGGCGUUAUGGGAAGUGUAUGGUAUGAUCAAAACACAUGCAGGCUUGGUAGGCACAUUCGGGGGGGAGUCUACUACCGGUAAUCCUCCAACCAACCAAUGCUGAUGGGCUGGGAGCAGAAGUUCUGACAGAAUACUACCGGUACUGGCACUGCUAGGAUGUGCCUCUGUCCCAACCUUAACUACUGUGGGCAAUCUCCGAAGGAGGACGCACGGGGAAAGAGCUGUCCACCAGAGGAGAACUCUGUGCCUGCGCGCUAUAGAGAUACGCUUGAAGUGUUCGGAUGGAGCAGCAAAAUUUAUGAAUCUCACGGGAGACACAAGUGAGUGAGCGAGCUCCUAAGAACUUCUGGGCAUUCCAA